AUGUAUAAGAUGCUGACAGGAAUUAUUGCCAGAAGAAUUUCGUUAUAUUUGGAGGAGCACAACCUAUUGCCAGAAGAACAAAAAGGAUGUCAUCCAGGAAGUAAAGGAUGCAAGGACCAGCUGCUGAUAUCAAAAGCAAUACUUCAGGAAUGCAGGAGGAGGAAAAAGAACCUAACCAUGGCUUGGAUUGACUAUCAAAAGGCAUUUGAUAGAGUGCCCCACAGCUGGAUAGAAAAGUCAAUGGAACUAGUAGGAGUGAAUGAGAGCACAGUGAAAUUUUGCAAACACUCCAUGGAAAAAUGGAACAUAAAGCUUCAGCUGAGAAGAAACAGGAACUCGUGCAAUCACAACCCAUUAAAAUAA